CAAACAGUACAUAGAAAUCAGUUUGAUUUUCUGCACUUGUGGAACAAACACUUCAUAAAGCUUUGUUACAGUUUAACUGAUGAGGAUUUUCAAAAUGAGAACCUCAACGGCACUUCUGUUUAUGGUUAUUGGCACACUUUAUUGUGUUCGAACUGAUGGUAGUCUCAUUGCAACUUCUGUGCUAUUGCCAGGUGUUACUGGAGCUGGUGGUGGCGGUGGCGGAGGUGGAGCUGGCGGAGCCUUAGGAGGUGGUGGAGGCGGUGGCGGUAGUGGUGGCACUGCGUGGGGAGCUUGGGGUCAUGGAUUAGGUGGAGCUGCUGGAGGCGGAGGCGGCGGCGGUGGUGGCGCUGGAGCUGCUGGUUUGGGUCAUUGGGGAGGAUUAUCUGGAGCUGGUGGUGGCGGCGGUGGUGGUGGUGGCGCUGGAGCUGCUGGUUUGGGUGUGUGGGGUGGUUUAUCUGGAGCUGGUGGUGGCGGCGGUGGCGGUGGUGGUGGUGCUGGUGGUCUCAAUGGCAUUCAUGGCUUGGCUGGUGCUAGUGGUGGUAUUGGCGGUGGUGCUGGUGGUGCAGGCGGUCCUGGUGCGUGGCUUCAUUAAAAUUUGUAAAUAAUUAGGUUAUAAGUUUUAUAGAGGAAAAUAUAAUUAAUCAUAAUUAAAUAUUUA